AUGUUUAUACCGCUAUUGAAAAUAAAGAUGCCACUCCGUUGGGGUAUAGUAAGCGCAGCUAAGAUUAGCCAUGACUUCGUCACCGCGAUUAACUCCUACCCGAACAAAGGCGACGUUGUAAUAGCUGGAAUUGCUGCUAGGGAUAAGAAAAGAGCUACUGAGUUCGCUCACACUCAUGGGAUACCAAAUGUCUUUGAUAGUUACGAAGAUAUGGCGAAGAGUAACGAGAUUGACGUCGCAUAUAUCGGUUCGUUAAAUCCACAACAUUAUGAACUAGCUAUACUCUUCCUUGACUCUGGAAAACACGUCUUAUGUGAGAAACCAUUGUGCAUGAACUACAAACAGGCACAGAGUUUAGUAAACCUCGCUAGAAAGAAGAAAUUGUUCUUGAUGGAAGCAGUGUGGUCAAGAUUUUCACCGGCUUAUAUUGCAUUGGAAAAGGAAAUUAAUGCUGGGAAACUUGGCGAUGUAAAAUACGUCGAUGUUAAUUUCGGAGUACCUAUUGCAGAUAGGGACAGAGUUAGCAAAAAAAGUUUAGGUGGCAGUGCUUUACUCGAUAUUGGGGUCUAUGCAAUACAAUUAGCCCAAUAUGUUUUUAAAGAAGAUCCGUUAAAAAUAACAGCUUGCGGAGAAUUAAACGAAGGUGGUGUGGAUGAAGUGUCUACAAUCAUUCUUGAAUAUACCGGGCGAAGACGGGCAGUCCUUAAUAUUAAUGCCACUAUAAGACUCGUGAAUAACGCAAAUAUUUACGGGACUGAAGGCAGAAUGGUUCUAGAAGAUCCUUUCCAUUUCCCGACAAAACUUAUAAACGUGGAUGGAAAAUUCGAAGAAUUUCCACUGCAUGCCCCAAAAAACAAACUUAAUUUCGAAAACAGCACGGGUUUGGUAUACGAGGCACUGGAAGUGGCUAGAUGCAUUAAAGAAGACUUAUUGGAAUCCCCAAGAAUGUCGCAUCAAAUGAGCUUAACAUUAGCCAAAAUAGAAGAUGAAGUACGGAAGCAGUUAGGCGUAGAAUUUGAUGAAGACAAUAAAGAAUAUCCAUAA